AUGCAAUAUAGUUCAAGGUCUAAUUUCCAGUUUAUAAAAAAAGAUAUUUUUUGUUUUAUAAAAUGUAAUUAUAUCUGUUUUGUUAAUUUGUCAAAUUCCGAAAAGAAAUAUCUAGGGGUAGUAAGCAAUGACAAUGUUGAUAUAAAUAGGAAAUAUGAGAUUAAGGAAAUAAAGUUUUGUGAAAAUAAAAAAAAAGACGAACCCGAAGAAGAAUCUAAGAAUGAUGAUAAAAAAAUUAAUGAAAUAAUAAUAAAAAUUCAAGAAAAUUGUGAUAAAAAAAUAGAUAAUUUAUAUAAUAUUCAUAAAUUUAUUAGCGAUGAAAAUACCAAUUCAUUAAUAAUUGUCUUAAAAAAAAAUUCUGAAAAUUUGUUAUAUCAUUUAAUAUUUAACGAAAAUGAUAAUCUUGAAUCUUUUAAAAUAAAUUUUAUUAAAAAAUUUGAAUCAGAUAUAAAGUGUAUUGAAAUAACACAAAAAUACAUUUUCGUUUUAGUAAAAAAAAAAAAAAAAAAUAUAUAUAAUAAAAUAGAUACUGCUAUCCAAACAAAUACUAGCAAAAGUAGUUGCCAAUUUAAAGAAUUUUCCAACGAUUUUUCCAAAAAAUUCUUUGAAUAUUCAUUACAAAUAUUUGAGACAGAAAACAAAAAUAGUGAACAAAAAAAAGUGAUAAAAAAAAUAUCAAUAUUAUCUAAUUCUUUAAAAUUAAAAAAACUUAUAAUAUGUCCAUAUGAUAACAGUAAAAUAAUCAUACUUUCAAAAAAAAGUAUAAUAUUUGUUAAUUCAAAAAAUUCUAAAAUAAAAUUAAAAAAUACAGAUUUAAAAAAUGCAAAUUUAAAAAAUGUAGAUUUAAAAGAUGGUGAAUAUUUUAAAGAACUAAUUUUUAAUGGUAAUAUAGUGACAUCUACUUGGCUUGAUUUUUAUAUAUUUGUUAUAAGCUUAUCAAAUAAUCAAUUACUUUUUUUUAAUUUCCAAAAUAACACAAGACAUUUUCUUUUUAUAAAAUCUUUAAACAACUAUUCACCAAUAACUUAUCUUCUAUAUAAAAAUGAAUUCCUUUUUAUUUCCUUUUAUACAAAAGAAAUAAUUUGUUUCAAAAUUAAUUAUUCAUUGUUGGAUUUGGCUUCCUUUAAAAGGACAAAUUCUAUUGAAGGAAAUUAUCUAAAUGUGAAUUAUUUAUUUAAAAAUAAAAAUAAAGUAAAAGUUAAAAAUGGAAAAGUAAAAAAUAGUGGAAAUAUAUUAAAUACAAAUUUAAUUUCUAAAGAAGUUGGACAUAAGUUUGAGAAAAAUAUCAAAACAAAAAAAAAAGAAAAAUAUAAAAAUACAUUUAAUAAUAUACUUAAAGACAUAGAAGAGUUAGAACAAAAGCUAAACACAAAAAGUAGUAUCAUUUUAAAAAAUAUAGAAAAAAGAAAAUGGAAUGAACAUGAUAACAUUGAUAGCAAUGAAAAUAUAAAUUUAACUUUAGAUGAAUUAGAAUCAAACGAAAAUAAUAAUAUAUGUAAAAGUGGUGAAACUAACUAUUGUGAAAUUGAGAAAAAUAAAAAAGACAAAAAAAAUAUAUAUUUUAAUUUAAAAAAAAAAAAAAAAAAAAUGUUUUUUAAUUUGAGUUAUAGAAAUAAUAAAGUAAUAAAUAUUUUGAAAUAUGUAUCAAUGAUAAAUUUACAAAAAUAUUUAGGAAAUAAAAUAUAUAGUUUUUUCAUACAUGUUAACUAUCUAUUUAUAAUGUUAGAUAAUGGAAUAAUAUAUUAUAACAAAAACUAUGAUGAACAAAAUGGCGGAUUAAAUAAUAUAUCAAAUUUUUAUUAUUUAACAAAUAUAUAUUUACAUAAAAUUACAAAUAUAAAAAUAAAUAAUGAUGGGAACAUAUUCAGUUUAGAUAAAGCUCAUAUUUUAAAAUAUUAUUCUUUAAAAAAAUCAGAUUUAAACAUUUUUAUUACAAAUAAAAAAAUAAUUUUUUUUGAUAUUUUUCAUAUUCUUCAAAAAUAUAAUUGUUUAUUCAUUUCUUUAACAAAUGGUUCUUUUUAUUUUAUAAAUAUGGACACUAAAAAAAUAUUGUUAUAUGAUAAAGUAGAAAAUAUUUUAAAAAAAAAAAAUGGUUGGAAUCAAAGUUGUCUAUUCAGAAAAAAUAUAGAGUGGGCUUAUUUCAAUAAGAUAAAUGAACAUGUACUAAAUGGAUAUUUAAAAGUAAAAAAUAUUUUUUAUUUCUUUUAUUUAAUUUAUUCUGAAUCUCAUGAAAAAUUUUUUAUAUAUAUAAUUCACAAACUUAAUAUAUAUAAAAUUUUAAUGAAUAUUAUGAUUAAAAAAAAAAAUAUUAAAAAAAGGAAAACUAAUUACACACACGAUUUUACUAUUUUAAAUUCUUCUGUGUAUAAAAAUGGAGAAUCAGAUUAUAUUUGUUUUGCAAUUUCUGAAAAAUCGGAUAAUCAGUUUUAUAUAGUUUUUGUUAGAUUAAUUGGAGAAAGAAAUAUAUUCGAAAAAAAGACAAAAAAAAAAAUGAACAAAGAUAAAGAAAUAAAAUACUAUAAUAAUACAAUUAUAUAUUUUUUAGAUAUUCAAAAUAUAAAUAUUGUGUUUUCAAAAGUGAUAGGUAAUUACUUAGUUAUAGUAGACAAGUUUUUAAAUAUAACUUUUUAUUUAUUAACAAAAAGCUAUUUUCAAAAUAUGCCGACUCAUAAUGCACCCAGUUUAUUGGGUCGAGACAAAAAAGAAAUAAAUAAAAAUAAAAAUAAAAGAAAUAUGAAAUAUUUAACGACCCAUUAUAAAUCCUAUGAAGACAAAGUUGAGAAUUUUUUUUUAACAAGAAUAUCAAAAAAAAAAGUAAAAAGUAACAACAUCGAACAUGUAGAGACAGAAAAAAUAGACCAAAAUGAUGAAUGUGAUAAAUUUACAGAAACACAAACAAAAUUAAUUGAACUAGUUCAAAUAAAUUUGGGUAAAGAAAGUUUUAGAAUAAAAAUUCAAGAAAAUUUUAAAAUUAAAUUCAUAAAUGAACAAAUGAAUGAAGAAGAAAAAGAAAUAUGUUCUAUUUAUAUUAUUACCGAUACAAAUAUUUUGAUAAAAUUUGCUUUUAAUUGUAUGUUAGAAACAUUGGAAAAAAUAAAAAAUAUAAAUAUUAAGACAUAUCCUUAUUUGGAUAAUUUAAAUUUUUUUUACAGUUAUAAUGGUCAAAAUAAAAUGUGCAAUUUUCUUUUAAAUGGUGGCAAGUAUUUUCAUUUAGAAAAGGAGAAAAAAAAAAAUUGUGGUUCGGAAAAUUCGGGUUCGGAACACGUCUCUAUUUUGGAAAAAAAUGGAAACACAUUUAAUGAGUCAAAUAUAAAUAAUAUAGAAAAAUGUAAUAGUAAACACAAUGAUAAUGCAAUGACACAAACAAAUAACAUUGUAAAUCUUCAAUUUUAUAAAAAAAUAGCGCUUGAAAAAAAAAACUAUUUCUAUAAAAAUCUGAAUGUUGUAUUCUUUAAAAUAUGCCAUACUGGAUUACGUGAUAGAAAACAAAAAAGAAAAAAACAUAAUAAAUUCAUUGAUGUUAUAGAUGUAAAAAAUGAAACGAAAUAUAAGCCAUUCGAUUUUUUCUUUGAUGAUGAAACAAUAAUUUUUACAUUUACAAACGAAAAUAAUUAUAACAUGAGCUUAUAUAAUUGUUUAAAAAAUUGUAAAGAUAAAGAAUAUUUAGACAAUUUAAAUAAACAAGAAAAAGAAAUGAAAAAUAAAAUAAAUGAAUUAAGAGCCAGAUUAAAAAAUUUAAUAAAAGAAAAUAAGAAAAAUUAUAAUGAUAUGAAAUUAAACCGAGAAGCAUUUUUUUUUGAUAAGAAGUAUAUUAAUGAGAUCGAAAUUGUCAAAAGUGAAUAUGAACAAAUAAAAAAUUAUUUUGAAAUAGAAAAAAAAGAAAAAGAAAAUAUUAUUAAUAAAUUAAAGAAAAAAUGUAAUGUAUUUGAUAAAAUUAAUUUUAUUCAUGGUUUUAGAAAAGGACUUUUUGUGACAAAUCUGUAUAAAACUAAUGAGGUUAUUGAAAUGGAAGAAAUAAAUAAAUCCCCAAAUAAUAAUAAUAACAUUAUCUAUAAUAUUGGAAUAUAUAGCAAAUUCAUAAACAAAAUAAAGACUUUAAGAUUUAUACAAAUUAAAGAAACGUAUUAUAUGCAAAAUGUUGAAAAAAAUAAUAAUUUAUAUUGUUUAAAAAACACCAAAAAUUAUAUUGAUGAAUAUCUAGAAAAUUUGUCUUCUCUUUUUUUUGUGCAUUAUUAUUCAUACAAAAAUAUAAAUUUAAAUUUUUUAUAUUCAAAUUUAUUUAAUUCUACUUAUAAAGAUAAUGAAUCACAAGUUUUACAUUGGAACUAUCUUUUAUAUUAUCCUUAUGAGCUUUUUACAAAUUCAAGAAAAAGAAUACAAUGUUUUAUUUUAUAUAUUUUGAUUGAACAGGAAAAAAUAAAAUUUCAUAACAAGUUUGCUAUUUUGAAAAAAGAAAAAAAAAAUUAUUUUGAUGAAAUUAAAUUGCUAACAAUUAAAUUAAAACAAUCCAUAGAAGAAAUAAAAGAUUAUUUGGAGCAUUCUUAUUCGGAUAAAAUAAAUCUAAAAUUAUUUCAACAAAAUAUAUUUGAAAUUGUAAAAGCACGUUAUCCAGACACUGCUAAUAAUAUUUUUGACCCCAAAAAUAUUUUAAAAGAUUAUUUAAAUAAAAUAAAGUUCCGAAAUAAUAAAAAAAAUAAAAAUUGUCAAUAUAUAUUUGAUAAUAAAAACGAUACUACUAUUAAAUUGAAGGAAAACUUAUCGGAUAUAUUUAUAAAUCGAAAAAAAGAUGAUGCAUCAUUAAUUAAAGACGAAACUGGGCAUGUUCAGAAAAUUUCAAAAAUAACUAAAAAUAAUGAAGAAGAAGAGUCAGAACAAUUAGAAUAUUAUAAUAAGCAAAAAGAGGAUAUACGAAAUAAGAUCAUAGAUAUAAAAAAUUAUAUAUAUCAAAUAAAUAACCAAUGCAACGAAUUCAAUGAAAAGAUACAUCUAUUGAAGAAGCAAAAGGCAAACAUACAUAAGCAAAUUAUGUUGCAUGAAUUUUAUUGCAUCUCUAUUUAUUCCCUUUUAAAAAACGAGUAUACAAAAAUGGGAAUUUUGAAGAAAUUUGAAAAUAAACAAAAUAAAAUCCAAAACAAUUUAAAACAACUUUCCGAUUUGAUAACUACUUUGAAGGGUAAAGAGACAUGUGAUAAAAUUCUGAACCAAAAGAAAGUGGACAUAAUAAUGAAAUAUAAUAAAAGCCUAAAAUUAAAUGAAUCUAUAAUUGAAAGAAAACAAAAUUUUGAAAAAAAAUUUCAUCAUGAAUCUGCAAACUUUGAUGUCCUCAUGGAACAAAAAUAUGAAAAUAUUAUCGGAUUCGAAUACGAUUCAAAGAAAAAUAUUUUUUUAAAAAAAAAAGUUAUUCAAAAACAUAUAUUAGAUACUAAUCAGUUAAUUCAUAAAAUUUCUGAAUUACAAAAAAAUAUUAAAAAUGUAAAGGAAGAAAUUUAUAAGAACAAAAUAAAAAAUGAUUAUUUUAACUUUUUGAUAAUGGACAUAGAUGAAGAGGUUAAUGAUGUUAAAUAUUUGAAGGAAAACUGCGAAUUCUUAUUUUGUGAUAUAAAUAAUGUCAUAAGUUCUUUAGAAACGAAAAAGAGAAAUAAGGAAGCUAUGUUUCAAUUAUCUGAGCAAAAAUUGCGUGACAAAAUUAAUAAUUUGAAUUCGAAAAUAUCUUCAAUAAAAUAUGAAAACACCGUGCUCGGUGAAAAUAUAAAAAGUUUAAUUAAUGAAAUAAAUGAAAUAAAGGAAAACCGAGGAGAUAACAACAAAAUUUUAUUUGACGAAAAAUUAAUACAGUGUUUAGAAGAUGAUGAAAAAAAAAAUGGAAAUGAAAAAAAUAUAACAGAUAUUAUCCUAAGGGGGCCAUGUGAUGCAUUCUUAAAAAAUUUACAUACUAAUUAUAUUGACAAUACUACAAAAAAUAUUGCUAAAAAAAAUGAAAAAAAAGGAAUAUGCACAAAGGGAAUUUAUGAAAAAAAUAUUUUACUGAAAAAGUUUUAUAAAUAA